GUUGAUGGUGCAGCAGGCGGAACAAAUCAAGGUGGACUCGGGUAGCAAAGUGAACAUGGAUUGCCAAGUCACCUGGACCCAUUGGGAGCAAUUCCGAGUAGAGUGGAAGAAGGAUGGCAAAAAACUGUACCAGUCCCUGCCCAUCAGUCAGAACUCUAACCAGGUUAUAUGGAGUUCCAGAAACAUGUCGGUCCUCAGACGGAACAAUACCAUCACCUUGAGUCUGAAUAAUGUGAAUGUUAAUGACAGCGGGCACUAUGUGUGUCAUGUGACAAUGGAAAUCCCAGAGCUCCAGACGGUUGAAGGCAAUGGGACACAUCUCAUAGUCUCAGGUAUGGGGAGAAGGCAGGAAGGCAGGGAGAACGAACAGUGUUUUUCAUUGCCAAUCUCCCCUCUUCACGACGUCUCCACUGGCUCUCCUUCUCCACUGACUAUCUCUUCUCAAGAUUUUCUCAUAUGGCUGCUGAUGGCGUGUGUCAUGAUAGGAUUGGGGGCUGUGUUGGCAAGAAUGAUCUGGAGAUGCUUUAGAAGAAACACAGACUCCGAGAACCACUUUUAUGGCAAUGUUCUCUAUUUCCACAAAGAAACUAAGGGGGCCACGCCAAACAAGAACAAGCCUCUGCAAGGGACACCAGAGAAAAAGAGAGGAGAGAGGAUCUACUCUGCUGGUCUCCAACUCCCAACCCCUACCCCUAGGGCUUAGUCCCCUGGAACCGUCCCCCUACCCACUCCAGCCUGCAUCAGGCUAGUUCUUAGCCAAUAAAACCAGCUCACUCCCUGCCUCCAACCUUCACUUAACCUAGGAUUUCUUUGCUCAGUCCAGUGAGGUGUGGGGGAGAGGUCAGCCUUCCUGAGAAUGGGAAAGUGAGGGAGGACUAAGGUUUCCCAGAAGCUGGGAGGUUGCCUCUUCAGCCAAGUCAUGGAGGAUAGGAUCCAAUGCUUAAAGAUAAGCCAGAGCUACAUUUUUGGAAAUGAAAGUGGCAAAAAGGAGGAUGGCCCAAUUUUAUGGCCCCAAUAUUAUACUUGACUCUUAAUAUUUGUUAUAAAGGAUUUUUUUUUUGUUUAUUUUAGUGGGGAAGAGGAGAAAAUGGAGAAAAUAAAUGCUUGUUGAUUGAAAAAUAAAGUGAAAAAACAAAAGAACCAAGAUCAUCUGAUAUGACUCUAAUAUGUGAGACUGCUUCUCAUAUACUUUUUCCAUCAUUUCCUAGACACUACUAGAGCUUGCUCUCCCCUUUCCCCAUCCCUAAUGCCCAACUGACUUAGUAUCCUAUGGCUUCUCCGUAAGGUCUAGCAUUAAUAAACCAGAGGCCCUUGUUUGAUGAGGGCAGGAUGUAUGAUGUUUGAUGUAUGGCCUGUAAGACCCCAGAGCACCUGAGAAGGAAUAGGGGAAGGGAUGGAAUCUGAGAGACUGAAAUCUGAGGAGUUGGAAUUAAAAGACUUGGAUCUGAGGAAAGUAGAAUCCUUGCAACUGGAAUGGAAGAGACUGGGAGCUGAGAUUUGGGGAUAUUGUGAAAUGAGAAUAGACUCUGGGGGAGAAUUAGAUCUUGGGGGCUAAAAUUGGAAGGUAAAGUAGGGCUGAGCUGGAGAGACUGGGAUCUAUGGGCUAGUGUUGAGAUAAAUCUGAAAAAAUCUGUUAUUUGGAAGCUGGACUCUAGGGAAGCUAAAUUCUGGGUGGCUGAGAUGGAAGGGAGACCUGAGAGUGAAAAUAAGAGAAUAUAGAGGAGACACUGAAGAAAGGAGGUAGGAUUUUCUGCAGAACUGGCUCAUCUGAUGAAAAGGAUCUUCCAUAAGUUAUUUCUUCUCUAGGAACCU